AUGAAAGUGGUGCCCGAACUUUUCGAGACACCCACCACCCGUCUCACGUCACGUCUUCUCACGACUUCAGUAAUCUCAACAUUUGCCGGUGGCUUCCAUUUCGGUUAUUUGAUCUCGGCAGUCAAUCCGCUAGCUGAUAUACUACAACAGUUUAUAGUGGAGAAUCUACGAAUCCGCUACCACCUCCAACUUUCCUCCUCCCAUCUGGCUCUUCUCUGGUCCUCUCUCGCCGGUUGUCUAUUUGUUGGCGCCAUGAUAGGCGCCUACCUCUCAGUCUACCUUCUCCAAAAAAUCGGUCCAAGAAAGACUCUUUUGACAGCUGCCACUAUUUUGCUAGUGUCCACUCCAGUAUUUGGAUUGGCUUAUAGUUUUGACAUGGCAGAGUUGCUAUUGGUAUCAAGGAUACUGUCAGGAAUCGGGUUCGCCAUUGGGAUAUCUGCUCAAGGUGUCUUCCUGACCGAGAUCAGUCCGGGUGAGUCUAAGUGCGCUCCAAUGAGAAUUUUUUACAAUCUUUUCUUCCCAGCAAGGUACCGUGGCCUCACCAACUCUCUCAGUGGUCUCAUCGGAAACAUUGCAUUCCUCCUGGCCGCUUGUCUUGGCACCCCGUUCCUUCUGGGUACAGUAACCCAUUGGAAAUUUAUUUUCUGGAUUGAAAUUUCGCCGUGUCUUAUUCAUAUUCUUCUGAAUAUUUUGACAUUUCAUGACAGUCCCACUUAUCUAUUAUCGAUUGGAAAAGGCGGCGAAGCGGAGGAAUCACUCAAAGCAUAUUAUGGGGAGACAUGCCAUGUGAAGAGGGUUUUGGAGGAUUUGAGAAUUGCUCAGGAUUCGGGAAACACUCAGAAAAGUUUAAGGGAAAUUCUGAAGGAUAAAGCCGGUGCCCAGGCGUUGUCACUCUCAGUGGCUAUCAAUUUUUCGGUGGCGUUCAGCGGCAUCGUCGCCAUCUCGUUCUUCGGCACAUUCCUUCUCCAAAACGUCGGAUUUUCGCCAGAAGGCUCCGCUGUCGCCAACAGUCUUUGCAGUUUUGCCUCAAUCAUUUCUGCUCUGUUAGCAGCUAUUGCUAUAGAUAAGAUCGGUCGCCGUCCCCUUCUCAUCUCCUCCCUUCUCAUUCUAGCCCUCAUCAAUAUCUUAAUGAUGUCACUGGUCUUCUUAUAUGAUUCCACAAAGGACGCUAUACUAGCAUGGCCAUUUUUAGGGCUCUUUGUGCUUUUCACAUUUGUGUUCAGCAUUGGAAUCGGGCCGGCCGCUGUGUUCAUUGGAGCAGAGUUGGCGCCACCGGGAACAAUUAGUAAAAUGCAGAGUUACAGUACUUCUGUACAAUCUCGACGAGCUCUAUCUGUAUGUGACAGUACGGAGCAGUUUAGGAUUCAUUAUUGCUCCGCGAGCAGAGCUAGAAUGAAUCCUAAACUGCUCCGUACUGUCACAUACAGAUAG